CUCUCUAUUGGGAUCAAUAAUUGGAGUAGUUGUAAUAGUGGAACUUGAUCAUAAUUCAUAAAGAAGGCCUAGUGAACAUUUUACUUUUUUGGUGAAUCUUUUGCAAAACAACACCAACAACAAUGGAAGAAGAGGUUGUUUUGUUAGACGCAUGGGCAAGCAUGUUUGGUAUGAGGGUGAGGAUUGCACUGGCUGAAAAAGGUGUCAGGUAUGAGUACAAAGAAGAGUAUCUAAUUAAGGGUAAAAGCCCUUUUCUUCUUCAGGUGAAUCCAAUACAUAAGCAGGUUCCAGUUCUGAUCCAUAAGGGUAGACCGAUUUGUGAAUCUGCAAUUAUAGUUCAGUACAUCGAUGAGGUUUGGAAUGAUAAAAAUCCAAUCAUGCCCUCUGACCCUUAUGAGAAAGCUCAAGCUAGAUUCUGGGUUGAUUUCAUUGACAAAAAGAUCUAUGAGACUUGGAGAAAAAUGUGGCUCUCAGAAGGAGAAGAGCAUGAGACAUGGAAGAAGGAAUUAAUUUCUAUUUUCAAGCAACUUGAGGAGAUAUUGGGAGACAAAGCAUUUUAUGGGGGUGACACUUUUGGGUUCCUUGAUAUUGGUCUAAUUCCAUUUUACAGUUGGUUUUAUGCCUAUGAGACUUAUGGCAACUUCAAAAUGGAAGCAGAGUGUCCUAAAUUAAUAGCUUGGGCCAAAAGGUGUAUGCAAAGAGACACUGUUUCCAAGACACUUCCUGAUCAGAAGAAAGUGUAUGAUCAUGUUCUGGCUAUGAGAAAAGCACUUGAAAAAUAAAGUGUGUUUUCCGGUGAUGGAAAAAUAUAUGGCAUUGAUGAUAGGUACUCUGUAGUUGAGUCCUAUGUUGGGGCUGAGAAUAACCAUGAAUGUUGUUGUUAUAUAUGCUUAUAUAAGUUUACGAUGAAUAAAAUGUGUGUUGAUGUA